AUGUCGAAAGCUAUUGUCAAAACUACUUUCGAGGCGUCUCGCACGCUCCGCCCUAUUUACACUGGCGGUAGCACGGCGCUGGACGCCAGUGGGCGCAUCUUGCUGAGCUGCGUCGGCGAGGAUGCUUUGAUCGUCGAUCUGGAGACCGGUAAUCAGCUUGCCAGUCUUGAAGGAGAUGGAGAGAUUGUUACCGGUUUGGCCAUCACGCCAUCUGCUUCACACGCCAUUGUCUGCUCGCGCUCAAUGUCCAUGCGCAUAUACUCCCUCUCACCUUUCGACGAGUCUUCUCAAACCAUUGAAACAGAACUUCUCCGAACCCUUAAGCCCCACACUGCGCCAGUCGUGACUAUUGCUGUUGAUCCUACUGGUACUUUGCUUUCCACUGGUGGCGCCGACGGCUCGAUCAAGGUCUGGGAUAUUAGAGGUGGCUUCGUCACGCACACUUUCCACGGCCAUGGUGGUGUUAUUUCUGCGCUUUGCUUCUUCGAGGUUCCUACUGCCGACGAGAAAUCUUCCAAAAAGAACAAGCGCAAGUCUACGGAUGACGAUGAAGAUAUGGACGAGGGUGCUGUUUCUGCAGGCUCUACUGCAGGGUUCCGCCUAGCUUCCGGCAGCGAAGACGGCAAAUUGCGCGUGUGGGAUCUGCACAAGAGAAAGUCCAUUGCGUCCCUCGAGUCGCAUGUCUCUCUUGUUCGCAGCUUGUCGUUCUCUCCUUCAGAAAACGCUUUGAUCUCAGCCAGCCGAGACAAGACGGUCAUCGUUUGGGAUGCGCGCACUUGGAAGACCCGUAGAAUCAUCCCUGUUUUGGAGAGUGUGGAAGCCGCUGCUUUCAUUGCUGAUAGUGGGCUCUGUGUUAUUGGCGGAGAGAAUGGCAAAUUGCGUGUUUGGGACUGCAAUCGUGGCAGCGAGGUCACAGAGGAACAAGAGGCCGGAGAGGAGUUCGAGAGCGUUGUCGCUAUCCAGUAUUCGGCUGGUUUGCCUUUUGUCUUGACUGUUCACGCAGACCAGACACUUCGCCUCCACUCGCUCGAGUCCCUGUCUGAUUACAAGCCCGGGUCAACGUUGGAGCCCUUGAAAAUCAUCCGUCGCAUCUCUGGAAACGACGAUGAGAUUAUUGAUUUGGCCUAUGUUGGACCUGACCGAUCAAUGCUUGCAUUGGCCACCAACACUGAGAGUAUCCGUGUCGUGUCGGUUGCCCCGUCGGAAGACCGACCCUCGGACAAGGGAGUGGAGGAGUACUUCGGUGCUGAUGUCACACACCUUGAAGGUCACGACGAUAUCAUUAUUUGCAUUGAUGUGGACUGGUCAGGACACUGGCUAGCAACCGGCGCUAAGGAUAACACAGCACGUCUUUGGCGUAUUGACCCAAAAACAUCCUCUUAUACCUGCUUUGCUAUUUUCACUGGUCACGCCGAGUCUUUGGGAGCCAUCGCCCUUCCACGGGUACCACCGCCAGUUGGCAGUGCCGCAUACAAUGACCCCGUCAACCACCCGCCAUCAUUUCUGAUUACUGGUUCGCAAGAUCGCACAAUCAAGCGGUGGGACACAAGCAAGCUCGCCCCUCUGAAGGAAGACAAGCCGCACUCCCCCAAGGCUAUCUAUACCCGCAAGGCUCACGAGAAGGAUAUCAACGCAAUUGAUAUCGAUUCCACAUCUGAGUUGUUUGCUUCGGCGUCACAAGAUCGCACGGUGAAGAUCUGGGCCGCCGAGGAAGGUUCCCCAGUUGGUGUCCUUCGCGGCCACAAGAGAGGUGUUUGGUCUGUGCGAUUCGCCCCCCAAGGCACACCAAUUAUCAAUACCGAUGCACGUACCAGCACAAGUCGAGGACUGGCCGUCACAGGCUCCGGUGACAAGACCGUCAAGCUCUGGAGUCUGUCUGACUACAGCUGUCUCCUGACCUUCGAGGGCCACACCAACAGUGUCCUCAAGGUUCUCUGGCUUCCACCUCCCCAGGUCUCCAACGAGCACGGCGACGACGAAGAUGAAGAAUCCGCAGCAGCACGCCAUAACGCCAUCCAGGCCCGUCCCCUUGUCGCCUCCGCCGCUGCAGACGGUCUGGUCAAGAUCUGGUCCCCUUACACAGGCGAGCUCGAAACAACCCUGGACAACCACGAAGACCGAGUCUGGGCCCUCGCCAGCCCGACCCCAUCCGGCUCCCGUUCAGACGUGAAGCAAAUCUCCUCCAAACUCAACUCCACCCCCUACGCCAUCGCCUCCGGCUCCGCAGACGCAACAGUCACCUUCUGGACAGACACCACCUCGGCCACAUACACCGCCGCUGUGCACGCCAAUUCCGAACGCAUUGAGCAGGACCAGGAGUUGCAGAACCACAUCCGGGCCGGUAACUACCGCGAAGCCAUCGUUUUGGCCUUGCAACUCAACCACCCGGGUAGACUUCUAUCCCUCUUUACAGCCGCCAUCAACGCCGCAGAUGACCCAACCCUCCCAGCCGAGGAACGCAAGCGUGCCGCAGCCAGUCUGACCGGUAACCCCUCCAUCGACGAGGUUCUGCAGUCUCUGGAUCCUGCCAACCUGCGCACUCUCCUCCUCCGUCUCCGUGACUGGAACACCAAUGCCCGCACCGCGCGCGUUUCACAGCGUAUCCUCUACGCCCUGUUCCGCUCGUACCCUGCAUCCACAUUCGUGGAGCUUGCGACCCAGUCCGUCCGCGGAAAGAACGGCCGCGCUGCUGCUGGCCUGAAGGAUAUCCUGCAGGCCCUGUCUGCGUAUACGGAGAGACACUACCGCCGGGUUGAGGAGCUGGUUGAUGACAGCUACCUGGUUGAGUGGGUGCUUGGUGAGAUGGAUGGUGGUGUUGGACUUGGUGGUCUCAGUGCUUUGACUGUGGACGAUGCCAAUGGGAACGGGGAUGAGCAUGAGAAGGAUGUUGUUAUGUUGGAAGCAUAA